AGAUUACUCAGCAGAGUUUUGGUGGGCCAGUCUCGUGCCACAGCUGCUGUCAACUAAUGGAGCAGCUGCAGACAAGGGUUGCUCAGCUGGAGAAUGAGAUUCAACGACGAGCAAACAGCCCUCCUUCAAAAUCACCGAUGUGUGCAACACCUUCUAGACGACCUGUUGUGGCGUCAACACCUGCCAGGGAACCACUUGGAAACAUUACUGUUGGGAACAACAGCAUGUUACAGCAGACAAUUCUGGCCGAAAUAAAGUAUGAGACAAGGCUGCCAAGGGCGAUUACCCGCUGCAUGAGUGUCAUGUUCACACCAGAGCAACUGGCAACAUGCUCCUUUAAAGGAGCUCCCACAACAGUUGGAACACCGAGGCCCGGACUUCCGGACGCAGAGCGCAAUGCAAUUAUUGAUGCUUUAGCCAGCCGAUUCAAUUUGCCGCUCGUGGAAGUCGAGGAGAAGGUGCGGGGGGCACUGAGGCGCAUGUGGGCAAUGCACAGAGAUAUUCAAUGUUAACGACUGGGAUGUUAUGUAUAUAACGUAUAUUUUUGUUUUUUUAAUAUUUAUUAACCAUUUGAUGCUUUAACUUAUUUAUUUUACACUUAUUAAUACCAAAUGUUUUUGUUAAACAUGUUCAAUACAUGUAUAACGCUAUCUCAUGGCAAUGCACUCAAAAGAAUGUUUAUAAUGUCAAAAUUUAUCAGUUUGAAAAUUCAGAGUUUUUUGUUUGUGUGUUUUUAAAUAUAAAAUAUGACAUCAUUUUUUAUUCAUUAUCCUGUCUUCUCAAGAAAUAAUUAUGUUUGUGCAAUUUUGAAACUUGUUCUGUUAUA